AUGGAGUCAUCAGUAGCACUGGGCAGUAAAGCCGAGUUUUUCAGAGCUCUAGACGCCGUAUGGGAUGACGACCAAGAUCAACCCGAUAAGGAGCAAGCAGAGCUGAGGAGGCGCUAUCGGGAUGCUCAGGUUCGGCACGAGGAGAGCAAAGAUGCUGUCAACAUUUCGGCACAGGGUUCCGUUGACAUACCUCGCGAGCAUUCCAUUCAGCCCAUAUCCCAGGUACAAUCAGCACCGAACCCAGGCAUACUGGACAUUGCCCGUGACAAGACCAUCGAAGGAACGCCACUGAACAAAAUCACUCAGAUGGAGGCUCGGCAGGAGGGUCUUGCGGUGACAGCCAAGACUACCUCCUUCGUCGAAGAGACGCCAGCGGCUGCAUCAAGAAGGAUUGGUGCCAGGCAGCCCGCAACAUUGCGUCGAAUCGCAACGAGCCCGCUCCCUAUUUCCAGACCUUCAAUCAGGGACUCUCAAUCUACCGCGUUAGCAGGCACCAGAAAGACAAAGAGGAAACGAGCCUUGGGCGGGCUCGCUGGUAGCAGCACCUUGGACGAUGCUAUUCCCGAAGAGCGUCGGGUAUUCAAGGACUUGUCCUUCUUCUACAUACCGAACGACGACAUCGCCCCGGCACGAAGACGUCGUAUAGGUAUAGCGCAAAAGUUUGGCGCACUAUGGGUCAGAAAGCCAGAGCUGGCCACUCAUGUCAUCGUUGAUAAUGGUUUCUCCUACAAGGACAUUGAGAGCAUAGUUUCCCCGGUUGUGACUGUCUCUGACGGCCGGGUUCCUCCAGCAAUUGUGAGGGAAAACUUUCAGGGCGACUCUGUGGAGAUUGGGUUUGUUGUCAACCCUGACCAGCCCAAGUAUCAUAUCCGAGGUUGCCCUCUGCCGGGGACGGGACGAAACAAUGAGAUCAAAGGGCCGUCACCAACACCAGGGAUCGCCGAGGCAACUCCCAGUCAAGACAAUCCUUCAAGCUCGGGUGAAUCACUUCAGCUGAAAAACAAACAUCGGUCCAGACCACUCACCCGUAGUCAAGUUACGCCAGUCGCUACCCCGCCUCGGGAAGCUGAAGCAGAGAUCACCAGCGACGGGAAUGAUGCUAGGGACACAACUAUCAACAUUAUAUCCUCGUCAAAUAACACUCCAGAUGAGGGCAAUGGUGAACAAGCCCCCACAAACACCGAAAAGAGUAUCCAGGGGGCUACCAACUUAGGCGUUAGAGAUGAGCUCACAUCCUGCAUCGAGAUUGCGACACGGUAUAAGAACCUGCCACUGGAUGAAGAUGAAGACGAAGCCAAUUCUGUAAGGGAUUCGGAGUCCCCUGAUUCGGACAAUGAUGGCAGUGGAUCUGAAGAGAAGCAUGAGGCCAAGAAACGGAAAUCGGCACCCAAACCCAAACCCGGUUCCAAAGACAUUGAAUGGAAAGACAGGUUUGCUUGUCACCGUGGUGGUACCAUCGACAGCAGAGGCCAUACUUCAGUGAACUCAGACAACCCAAACGCACGCACAAUCGAAAUCCUACAACAAAUGUGUGCCUAUUACUCUCAAACCAAUGACCACUGGCGAACCACGGCCUACAGGAGAGUAAUCAACACUUUACGGCGGCAGAAGCACAAAAUUACAACCGAGGAGGAGGCCGUCCGGCUUCCUAGUGUCGGGUCUCGUCUGGCCAAGAAGAUCGAAGAGAUUGUUGCGACGGACCGCCUGCAACGACUAGAGCAUGCGCUCAACGAGCCUCUCGACAAGGUGCUUCAGUUAUACCUGGGCAUCUACGGUGUUGGUCUCACGCAGGCGCGGCGGUGGAUCUCUCGGGGCUUUCGCACACUUGAUGAUUUGAAAAGACCCGAAGCCAACCUGAACAAGAACCAGCGCAUGGGACUGGAGCACUACGAAGAUCUAAACACGCGUAUCCCACGGUCCGAAGUAGAAGCUCUAGGCUCACUAAUACAGCGCGAAGCAGCCAAGAUUGACGACCAGGUCGAGCUGCUCAUCGGUGGGAGCUAUCGCCGCGGUGCUAACAGCUCCGGGGACGUCGACUUUAUCGUCACCCGAAAAGGCACGGUCAGCACGGAUGAGCUGGUGCCAUUUCUGGAGCGACUGGUCGCACGCCUGACCGAAACGGGUGUUAUUGUAGCCACAGUCGCAGCGCUUCACGUCAGCAAGUCAGGGGCCAGCAAGUGGCACGGCUGCUGCGUCUUGCCCCCGGAGGAGAUGCCUUUGCAGCCUGGUGACGGCAAUGAUGGGCGCGAAAAACAUGACAACUACAAGCCAGUCUGGCGGCGCGUCGACUUUCUUUUGGUGCCCGAGACGGAGUACGGCGCGGCGCUCAUAUACUUCACCGGGAAUGACCUCUUCAAUCGGAGUAUCAGGCUUCUGGCGUCCAAGAAAGGCAUGCGGCUCAACCAGCGAGGACUGUAUUCGGACGUAAUGAGGGGUCGUGGGAGGGAGAAGAUGACGGAAGGGCAGUUGAUUGAGGGGAGUGAUGAAAGGCGGAUAUUUGAGAUUCUGGGGGUUAAAUGGAGGGAACCGUGGGAAAGAUGGUGUUGA